AUGUUAUAUACGAGACUUUGCAAUCCUACUUCGCACACAUACGGCGCGGACGAUGUUUCCUUGAACAAGGUUGCUAAAGGUUAUCAGGCACAAACAAAUGAAAAGUUCUCACUCGAAACUAACAGUCCUAAGCAAAGCAUGUUGCCUCCGAGCGACCAGCACCAUACACGUCCUGCAGACGUGGAGAAAAGUUGUGCCACUCAACCUGGCGUAUCCUGGAUCUUCGCGGGAGGAUUUGGAAAAAUCGUCGAUGCCAAAAUGGAAGAACCCCGGAUUCGUGACUUGGUCUGCGUUGUCGGCAGUCUGCUGACCGAUGGAGUACGGACUGUUCAGUCAGCGCCACUCGUUUCGAUGGUAGCGCAAACGAUGUUAAUCAAGCUGAUGACGGAAUCGCCAACACAGAUCAAAAGUUUCGAGGGAACCUUGCGCCUGCGUGCUAUGGAAAUGUUUUGCAACGGCGACUGGAGGAACAUAUGCUCCAGCUCUGGUCGACACUCUGCUCUCAUGCUGAUAGGAGUAAACAAGGCUGGCCUUCUGGGAUCACUGUUCUCUGCUAAUAUCGUCACAGCCAAAGACAUCGCCAUUUGCUUGACCGUGCUAUUGGAAGACAUACAAUUUGAUCGUCUGUGUGCCAUACACGCCCUCUUAUACGCGGACGACAGACUGCGCAAAAAACGAAAUCUGCCAGCGUUAAUUGAGCUUAAAGAAAAGUUGCGUGCUGUCGAUCCAUUAACUAACUUAUCUCUGUGGGGUACUGUGCCACAUUCUCAGGCCCUCAUCCAGGAUGUGUUUGAUACCAUUAAAGGCUGGAUGGUUGUUCGGGCACGCAAGCGCGAACAACAUAUUUUCACAGGAUCAUACUUCACUUGGACGCUUCCUUCGAGGGCUAUAGGGCCACGACUGCGUGGAAUGAGAAACAAAGCCUAA